CCGGAAACUAAAAUGACCUAGUCUUCUAACUCUUUUUGAGUCCAAACACUUGCCGCGUUAUCUAUGCAACUGCCAUUGACUGACCAGAGACCUCUCUAUCUCUUUUCACAUUACAUAUAUAGACAUAUACUUUCACGGAUCUUCUUCACCAAAUCACAUAGUGACGAAGAAGGUUAAGAAACAAAAACAAACAAGAAAAAUGGCUAGAAUUGGAGCUUUGAUUCUAGUUUUAUUCAUCUCCAUCUCUCAGCUUGCUUCGUUCUCAACAGCUAGGAAAUUUCCGGUAGGAAUUCCGUCGGUAAUCGAUGGCGUCAUCUUCUCCGGAGAGAUCUCUGCUGUCUCCAAGAAGGUGACGGUGGUAGGGUGCGAAGGCGAGGAUGAUCACUUGACGGCUGGAUAUUCGUCGUAUAUCACCGGAAAAUUUGGGUCGUUGGUGUUGAACGCUCUUCCAAAAGGGUCAGUUCCGGCGUCUGGACCCAGCAAGAGAAUCAACGACGUCAAGACUUAGCAAAUUUGUCAUUCUCAUGACUAAAAGUCACGUGUGAUGACUUCUUUAUUUAAUUAUUAUUCUUUUUCUUUAAAAGAAAUUUAGUGUUGUUGUAUAUAUAUAUAUCAAAUACUAUAGUUGUGUUACUACUGAAAUUAAAAUGUUUGAAUUGCUGGCUUUUGGUUCUUCGUACUAGAAUUUUCAAAUAGAGAUACCUUUUGUACUAAGCGAGGAUAUGCGAAGAAUACAAAAUGAUCUCCAAACAAAA